CCACCGUCUCAGUGCGGACACAUUCAUUGUGUGCUACAUCGCGUCUUUCGGUGGUGUUGUAUACGGCACCGGCCUGUCUCCGAUAACUCGGUUUUUUUUCCAUGGCUAUGGGCGAUACACCUUCGUGGCCUCCCAAUUCAAGGCCUCUACAUGUGAUCCCAAGAUGGAUUGGAUCUGGUUUCAUAUUUGGUGUUCCUGUGGUCAGGAAAAAUCUGUCGAAGACGACUCAUUCCCGUGCUUCUCUUGCCCACGGGGAGCUGCAUAGGGUAAGAUCUUAUAUUGCAGAAAGGCUCAAGCUCUUCCACCAAGUCCAUGAAGAAUUGCGCGCAAAAGACCGUGAUUGGCAUAAAGUUCGCAAGAAAACUGGUCUGAAAAUUGACAGCUAUGUGAAUCCCGUGAUGCUGGACGUGGAUCACCCAAGCGGGGUAGGCUCCGACCCUGCGAUACUCAGUGAAGUGCCCGCCCCUGGCGACUUUACGGAAUGUUCAAACUUCAAAAGCAUGCUUCGGAUGAAGCGUGACAUUAAAGUCCCCUUUCUCCGCAAACAUCGUUUGCUGGAAGUUCCUCCGAGCAAUCACUUAGCCUGGUUGCUACGAUGGCAACGUCAAGAUAUUAUGUCUUCACGACUCUGCCUCAAGCGUCUCACACCCAGGCUCAACUCAUCUUAUCCUACGCUCCGAUACCUUCCACUCCCCUUUCGGUAUGUAAGACCUUGAGGGCCGCAGAUUACUGCGCACUGCAACAAACAGACUCCCCGGGGAAGUCCAGUCGGUCCAACUCAAUUGAAUUCAUUUAAUAAGCCUCG